AUGAAAUCUGAGAAUUCAGGCACUUUAAACUAGGAAUAUCUUGAACUUAUGAUAAAUCAAUCUAAAUAAUAAGAUAUCAGCAAUAGUACCAAUGUUAAGUAGGGUCAUUGGAGUCAAGAGGAACAUCAAUAAUAUGUCUAAUUCUUACUUAGAGUAAAAGGAUCAGGAGAUACAUAGAGAAAAGGGCAACCUUUAUUCAAAAGGAUGAGUUAGAUUAUUGGCACUCGUACUCCAAGUUAAUGCAGGUACUAUUAUUAUAUAAAUAGAUCCCACCAUUAAAAAUUCAAUCCUUUUAAUCCUCGCUUAAGAAAAAAUCAUAAGAAAAGAUAAUUGAAAAAAACAGAAAAGCCUUUUCAAAGAACAAAAUAACUUAUUAGAUAAUAUCUUAAUAAACAUAAAAUUCAUUCUGAUGAAGAAAAUCACAAGGAAUGA